UCUAUAUUCUAUUCAUUGAAAUUGUUGUUUUCAGUUUAGUAAUUUGUUAGUUUGUUACUUGUUUAAUUGAAAAUUAAAAUUAAGUGUUGUUUAGUAUUUUAUGUGUAUAACUAAUAACUAAUAAAAUAUUCGUGACAUUACUUUUAUCAGAUGUACCUAGAUUGUCGAUUUCAACUGAUUUGCAAGAACAUCUCAGUCAUCAAACAUCAAAUUCUGAAAAACCAAAGAUGCAAAAUAAUGUUUCUCCAUCAUUUGAUCCUGAGGUUAUUACACCGUUAUAUGACAUAAAUGAUUUGUAUCAAAAUGCUCAAUGCUUUCACAACGCUCAAUGUUUUCACAACGCUCCUGAARWUAGCAAUAAAAAAAGCAAAAAAGCAAAACUAAAUUUAAAAAAUAAUGAYAAUUUUCAAAUCACUACACAAUUUUUAUUUGGUCAUCAUAUGCCACCAUAUUAUUCAGUAUUAAAUCAUACACUAAUGAAUAAAUAUUUAUUGCAUUUAUUCAAUCCUAAAGCUCCUAUUGCUAAAGUUCUGACGAUGCAUAAGGGAAUUAUUGAACAUGAGCGAGAAAUGUUUGAUCAUUGGCUUUCAAACCUUUGGGAAGAAAAUUUGAAAAAUCGUCGACUAAAUGCCAUACCRUUCAUUGAGAGUUAUAUUAAAUCUGCUUGUAAUUUUUCAAAUGAUUAUAUUAAAUCUCACUAUGGUGGUACGUAUAGUUCAAAGAUGAAGAUCGACUAUAAUAUAAUAGAUGAGGUUGAAGUGAAUAAAAUUGAAAUGAUAUAUUGUAAAAGCAUACAUACUGAUACAAAUCAUACAAUGAUUAAUCUUCCUAUGAAAAUUGAUAUUGAAAAUUUAGAAUCAAAAAUUUCCUUUAAUGACGGUGUGUUUAAUCCACCUCAGAAAGUUCCUUUUGUAGAAGAUGAAUGUUGUCGUGCACUAUCAAAAGAACAUGGUAUUGAUGUUAACAUAUGUUUAAGUAGUAUGAAAAAUAUUAUGAAUUUAGAGAAACCAAAUAGCUUAUGGAUUAUUCCUGUCAAUGUAGAUAUUGAUACUGAUGAGUGUAAAACAAUUUAUGUUGGAGGGACAUUAGGUACAGGACAUUUCUCUCAACAAGAAAAAAGUUGGUACUAUCUCAGAAAAGAACUGAAAAAAAAAUUCAAAAAAGUCUUGUCUAAUGAAGUCAUUCAGAACAAUAAUAAUAAUUAUAACUAUGAUAAAUGGAUGUUAAAAGUUAAUGAUGUCAAUGGUAUCAAUAAAUCAUUUAAUUUACUUGUAAGAAAUAAACCACAUGGUAUACAACAACAAAGCAAACCACUCAAUACUCCAGGAGUAUUAAUGCCAAAGAUUGAAUAUCAACCAGAAUUUGGCUUUGAAAAAAUCAGUGAAGAACAGCUUGUUGAAUAUUGGCUAGAUACAAGCUACAGAUGUCCUAACACCAAGUUAGGAUUAGUCUCAGUACAGCAUAAUAUGGACCUCAUGCAGGUAAAAUGGACAAUUGGAGAAAUAGAGAGUAUUAGUUCGAAAGGCAAAGAUCAAAUUUACCUACAAAGAUUGUAUAUCACUGUAGACAAACUCUCACAACUAGACAAAGGAGAAUAUGUACUGCUACAUAACCCUAAAAAACCAUUCCAUGUUGACGUCUACCAAUCAUCAGCGUAUGGUGGUUUCAAUUUAGUGAACAUGUAUUUAGUUUUACAACAGACUGAAGUAUCUGAUUCAUUGGUUUGGAAUCCUAUAGAUUGGCAAAUAUUAUGUCCAAUUCAUAAUUACUUCAAAGUUGCACCGUGCAUGUUCAGGCCAAAUUUUAAUAAUUUAGAUAUCAACACRAUAAGUGAACAAGUGGCCAAAUUUAAUAAAGACAAAAAAGCCAAAGAGGAUUACGAAAACGCACUUCUUCUAAGAAAAAAGAAGAAGAAAAUGGAAAAAAAUAAAAUCAAAAGAAAAUUAAAUAGAGAAAGUGAUAUUUUAUAUAAUAUCAAAAAUAAUAUGAAGUAACAUAGACAUUGGUAAUUCAUCGAAUCAAUUAAAUUAAAAAAAUUGUUCAUUGUUAAUUUGACGCGUUGGUGUCUGAUCUUUUUUUAUGAAUGGAAAUAAAUGCAUUGAGUAACAUUGUAUUCAUUGGGUUUGAAGUAGUA